UUAGAUAACCGUGUGAUAUCAACAUGGACAGAGAUGGAAAUAUUUACCUUAAAUGGCAACAAUUUAAGUACAAUGGGUCAAAUUGGAUCUAUGCCCAAUCUUCGAAUAUUAAGAUUGGCAGAUAAUCCGUGGCUAUGCGAUUGUCGCUUACGAUGGAUGAAAAAAUUUAUUUCUAAUUCAUAUUUAUUUGCUCGAAAUACUCGAUGUAAUCGUCCAGCACAUUUGCAUUCUCACACGUUAGAAAGUAUAGAUGAAAUGGCAAUGAAAUGUUCGGGAAUCGAAAAGCGAGCAGCGAGGUCAUGUCGAGAUGCUUCUGUGUGUCCAUCAGUUUGUACUUGCACUGAAACCACUGUUGAUUGUCGAGAUCGUGGUUUAACUCACAUUCCUGCUAACCUCCCCUUGACAACUACUGAACUAAGGCUUGAACAGAAUCAGAUAAGCUAUAUUCCUCCUAAAGCGUUUUACAAUCUUCACCACCUCAAGCGACUGUGA